AGUUUUACGACAGUCGACACUGUGCUUUACGGUGGAGCAUGGCGUCCCUCAGAUGAGCUCUCUGAAGGACUGAGAGACGUAACAGAUUAUUUAGAUAUUUGGACCGUAGCCCACGUUGAAGCCUGUCCUCCCUCCUUCUUCCACAGGCAGACGCAGGACAAGUGUCCGCUGCAUUCAAGGCCAGGUGGGGAGGAGCAGCCACCAGGACACACCAUGGCGGCGCAGGGAAGCAUCCAGAUCCAGGAGAAGGUUAGCAGGCUGCUCAGCAGACAAAACGGGAAACCGGUGCUGAAACCCAACAGGACGUUGACUCUGAGAGAUGCUGUAGCCAACCGCAAACUUCAGAAAGGAGAGGCCUCCUGUAUCACAGAGAUGUCCGUGCUGAUGGCCUGUUGGAAGUUGAACCACUUUGUGGACGGUCUGUGCUCUAGUGAGAUCAACACAUUCUAUACCUGUGUGAAGGAGGCUCAGGCAGCUGCGAAGAAUAAAUCGGACCACAGCAGCACACAGGGAGGACGUCUGCAUCCAAAACUAGCCACAACCUUGUUGAAGAGAUAUCCUGGCCUGUGUUCUGAGGUCUAGGAAGCCAGCUCCAAAGCAUUUGUUAUUUGGACUUGAUAUGCAGGAUUAAACAGCCCACAGGACUGAGUUCUCAAACUGGAUUUCACUGUGUUAAAGUGUUCAGAGUUGUCAUUGUUUAAUAAACAUCUAUUGAAUAAAUAUAGCACGGUGCAGACCAGGCUGGUUUAAACUCAAA